CACUUAUCUCUAUUACGCUAACGAACUACCGUAACGAAUUACUUCACGGUUUACUACGCCUACUGCUCCUCUCAAUCUCCAUCCACAUCUUACUUACCUUCUACUUUCUACAUGUUUAGCUCAUGAAGCUACCACGGUUGAUAAUUAACCUGGUCAUAGUGAAUCUCAUUCUCAGCUACCGAGCGAGUGCGUAUACUGCGACACCAAGAUGGGGUCAGGCCACGGCAUUAGUGAACGAUGCUCUUUUCGUUCAUGGAGGGUUUUCAGAUCCAUCGAACGCUUAUUCUUACACCAGUGCUCCAAUAAUCAAUGACUUGUUAUAUCUACCACUUUCAUCGUCAUUCGAUAUCUCUGAUCCUCCAUGGGUCCUUAUCAGCAGCUCUUCCAACUCGUCAACCAAACCCGGCCCAGCCUUAGCUUGGCACACACUUUCGCCAGUCAACACCACAGAAAUUCUGCUAUUUGGGGGUUUACCGGCAAUAAGUUCCCCCACAGUGUUAACUCUUAGGGCAGAUUCAGCUUGGUGGUUGAAUAUCUUCAACCGUCUCGUUCCUUCAUGGUGGCAAGGUCCGAUGUCUUGGGCCGACGAACCUAUACGACGAAUACAUCAUACUGCCACAACGACGACCAAAGGACUUGUCAUCAUUGUGGGAGGAGAGAGAGCUGAUGGAUCCAAAAUCACCUUUUCUGAGCACUACCUUUUCGAUCCAAACGCUCCAUCCUUUACCCAACUCUCCGCCACAAAUUCACCACCAGGGAUCACAGGUCAUGUUGCAAUCCUUCUUCCCGACGGGAGACUUCUUGUUUUCGGCGGGGUCAAUUCACAAACUAGUGAUCUAAUAUCAUUCUCGACCAUAUGGGUGCUUGACACCAGUUCCAUGAGCUGGGCUUUAUUGGCCGUAGCUACUGAUACCCUUCCAAACCCUAGGCGUGCAUUUGCAGCUGUUCUUAUCGCGGGCGAAAAGAUUGUCAUACACGGAGGUAGCGACGCAACGUUUCAAACAACAUACAGCGAUGGGUGGAUACUCGAUACCACUCAGAACCCUGCAACCUGGACCCAGAUUGAUUCUUUAAAUCAACUUGGGGGGCGCCGUGAUCAUUAUGCCGUGUCUUCCGGUGAUCAAGUCAUUUUUGGCUUCGGAUAUGGUGCGUUUGGCCCAUCAACUGCGGGACCCAUAGUCUGGAAACCCUCAGAUGGCUCAUUUCCGACCACCUAUUCGCCUCCAAGUCCCUCCUCGGUGACAAGGACCCUACCUGGUCCGACUCAAACAUCCGAUUCGAAUCACCCGAAUCACUCAGGUGGUGGUGGUGGUACAGGAAACCCUUCAGGAACUUCUGAUCCCAACCAGCCUACCACGCCUCCCUUGAAUGGCGAUGAUAACAACAAAGACAAAGCGAAGAAGACCACCGCUAUUGCGGUCGGAACGAUAGUCGGUGCUUUGGCACUGCUUGCUGGAGGAGUGCUGGUAGUCUACUAUGUGCGCCGUAAGGGAUCGUCCGAAGGACAGCGAUUCAGUUUACUCAAUGAAGACGAUCCUGAUAUCUCUCACAUGGCUGGUGGAGCUGUUGCAGCUUACCCUUUUGGUGACAAGGCGCCUAGCGGCGCAGCUCGCUGGAGACCUAUAAGGAGUUGGAAUGUCGGAGGUGCACUGACAGCUGUUCCUGCUGGGAUUAUUGGCAUUGCGGGAGCUAGACGGACACAGCAGCGAAGGGAUAUGCUCGCAGACGAAGAUACUCGUGAAUUUGGGUGGAACGACUGGCGUGGUAAAAAUAAUAGCUCUUGGUCGAUCAUGAGCAUUAUGAAGGGAUCAAGGACUCGACAGCCGAGCCAUGGGAGUUACUCAAGUUACGCUAAUCUUGGAACCGGCACCCCAAGAAGGGAAAAGAGUGACCCAUUUUCUGAUGGCGCGUCGCUCCUUCGAGACGACGAGAUUGGUUUUGUCGGAGCUGCUGCUCCUGGUCAGGGCACUACCAGACCCUCCACUCGCAGAGAAAUAAGUCAUGCAAGCGCACGCAGUAGCUGGAGCUACAUAGAUCCAUUUGCGGACCCCAUACCUGAGGAAUACACUGAUAUACCGGAGUCUUCACUACCAAAGCGCCCACGUCCAGAACCUACUCAGCCACUGACCAUUCAAACCGUCUUACCCUCAGUGCGAGAAGUACAUGUACUCAGCCCAGUCACCGAAGCAUCCCGAGGUAGCCAAUCUCAAUCUGACCUAACCUCGACGCAGUCAUCGUACAACCACUCCAACGAUCACUCGCUGACACCGCUUGAGAGUGGCUCUCGUACUUCACAGACUUCCUAUAAUCCUACACUUUACGGCCAACGGCCUUCUUCCCUCAUAGAUUCCUCUUCUUCCCAGCCAGUCAGGAGGAGCGAUUCGUGGUGGUCACGAUUUUCACGGACGGCAUUCUUAGACCGUCGCGGAAGUGGGUCUCGACAUGGUGGGAUGUAUGACAUCCGUGAUCCUAAUCCUCCACCACGUUUGGUCCCCAUCGAAGAAAAUCAAAACUCCGGCUCUGCGGGAAGCGGAGAUUCACCUGGGUCAAAGCGCGCGAAUUCUGUCAAGCGAGCGCUUUCGAGAAGGGGAUCAAGAAUGUACACAGCCGGUCACGGAAAAUCAAUAUCAUCCAUACAGACUGCGAAUACAGAUGCAUUGGAAAGAGUGGCUGGUAUGGAUGUCGUGCAACGUGAAAGGACAGGGAGUGAUAGCCGUAGGGAAAGUAGCGGUAGCUACGAGUCUUCAUGGAUUACCGAGGACAGUGGUCCUCUCUCUAACGUUGCCCAUGGAGUGGAUAUGUCUUUCAGUUUGAUAUCACCUGCUGAAAUGACAUAUACGGAGGCCUCCGCCGAUGGGCCGUCUCCGUCAGUUCCCCCGCCAGUGGCCAAGCCUCCCUCCAAAAAUACUCCUAGUCCACCGCUUUCGCCUUCUUCCUCUGGCACUUCCUUGAGUAGCCCUCCACCACGACCGACGUCAGGCUCCGCUGUUGCCGCUCGCGUCGAAGCUUAUGAGCGACGCAUGUCCCAAUCCGAAGAGACGAAACCUGUCACCACUGGCAAAAGGAGGCAUUCAGCAACGAGUUAUGGCCUCGCACCUCGUCCUAGCCUAUUUGUCGCAAAUCCAGACCACAGUGCCGGACCUCCUGAAGACUGAUGUGUAUUCCUUCUUUGCCCCUUUUCUUUUUCACUGUGUUGUAUAUGGUGUGUGUGUCUAAUCAUUGUUACCCCCUGUAUUGCAUUCCACCCGGACAGUAGAGCUUACGUAUUUCCUUUAUUUUCAUUUUCUGUCACCUUUUUCAUUUUCACGACUUAACGACGCACGCACACACGAACUCUUCUAUUGUUCUGACUGGACUAGUCACCUUUCUCAGCGUACCGGUUCACUCUAAAUAAACAUAUACCGUUCUCUGGAGCAACUUUGCAUUCAGUUCGUGCG